AUGGCUCUAUCCGGAAAGGUUGCCCUCAUCACUGGUGGAGUCAAGAACCUCGGUGCCCAGAGCGCUCUCCAGUUGGCUGGCGUCGGUGCCAACCUCGCCCUGCACUAUCACUCCGCUAGCGGCAAGAAUGACGCCAAAAAGUUGGAAGCAGAGCUAAAGAAGAAAAAACCCUCCAUAAAGGUUGCCUUUUACGACGGCGACCUAACCUCUGCCGCGGCUGUAACCAAGCUCUUUCAGGAUGUUCUCAAGGACUUCGGGCACGUCGAUAUAGUCGUCAAUACAGUGGGCAAAGUUCUCAAGAAACCUAUAGUGGAGAUCAGCGAGGAAGAAUAUGAUGCCAUGUUUGCGGUUAAUUCCAAGACUGCAUUCUUCGUUCUCAAAGAAGCUGCCGCCCACAUAUCGGACGGGGGUAAGAUCAUCACCAUCGUCACUGCACUGCUGGGAGCAUUCACGGGCUUCUAUACGUCCUACGCCGGAAGCAAAGCUCCGGUUGAGUACUUCACCCGAGGAGUUUGCAAAGAGCUCCAAUCCCGUCGUGUCAGCGUCAACAACGUCGCCCCUGGCCCAAUGGACACCCCUUUCUUCUACCCCCAGGAAUCCCCCGAGGCGGUGGCAUUCCACAAAUCAAGCGCCAUGGAUAAUCGCCUGACUAUGGUCGAGGACAUUGCCCCUAUUAUUCGCUUCUUGUGCACCGAGGGUGCUUGGAUUACCGGUCAGACUAUCUUUGCUAACGGUGGGUAUACUACUCGUUGA